CUCGAUGCCCCCGAGAGCAGUCUGGGCGCGGCGCCUCCGGGUUGAAGGCGCAGGCGUGGUCCUGGGGUGGGGUGGGCCGCUGUUCCGGCGUCGGCUCCGCAUUUGGGCUCACAGCGCUCUCCUCCCGUCCUCUCCGCGCGCGCUUGGACCCGGCACCCCCUCCUCUGCUUCCCGGCCCCGCGCGCAUCCGGCGGCGCAGACGCCGGGCGGUCUGGGGAGGGACUUGGCCAGGCCCGGCCGGCCGGCUCGCUGGGCGCCCCGCGGGGCCGGCAGCCUGGCGCUCCGCGACCCCGCGACCCCGCGCACCGUCCCUUGCUGCGCGACCCCGGGCACCGACGACCGGCACCGCCCCCGGGCCCGAGCAGGGACAGCUCGCUUCUGGCCAGGCUGUUCGCACAUCCGCUGUACAGCGGGACCAUCCCGCCGCUGACAGAGGACGACGUCCUGUUUAAUGUCAACAGCGACAUCAGGUUCAACCCCAAGGCGGCGGAGAACCCUGACUGGCCACAUGAAGGUGCUGAAGGUGGAGCAUUCUUGCCCACCGGGGAGGCCGCAGUGGAUUCCUACCCCAACUGGCUCAAGUUCCACAUCGGUAUCAACCGAUACGAGCUGUACUCCAGGCAUAACCCAGCAAUUGAUGCGCUGCUGCAGGACCUGGGUGCACAGAAGAUCACCAGCGUGGCCAUGAAGUCGGGGGGCACGCAGCUCAAGCUCGUCAUGACGUUCCAGAAUUACGGGCAAGCACUGUUCAAGCCCAUGAAGCAAACGAGGGAGCAGGAGACACCCCCUGACUUCUUUUACUUCUCUGACUAUGAGAGGCACAAUGCGGAGAUCGCCGCCUUCCACCUGGACAGGAUCCUGGACUUCCGCCGAGUCCCACCCGUGGCUGGCAGGAUGGUCAACAUGACCAAGGAGAUCCGGGAUGUGACUCGGGACAAGAAGCUGUGGAGAACCUUCUUCAUCUCUCCAGCCAACAACAUCUGCUUCUACGGGGAGUGCUCUUACUACUGCUCCACUGAGCAUGCGCUGUGCGGGAGGCCCGACCAGAUAGAGGGCUCGCUGGCCGCCUUCCUGCCAGACCUGUCACUGGCCAAGAGGAAGACGUGGCGGAACCCCUGGCGGCGCUCCUACCACAAGCGCAAGAAGGCAGAGUGGGAAGUGGACCCCGACUACUGUGAGGAGGUGAAGCAGACACCACCUUAUGACAGUGGCCACCGAGUCCUGGAUGUCAUGGACAUGACUAUCUUCGACUUCCUCAUGGGAAAUAUGGAUCGCCACCACUACGAGACCUUCGAGAAGUUCGGGAAUGAGACGUUCAUCAUCCACUUGGACAACGGAAGAGGGUUUGGAAAAUAUUCACACGAUGAGCUUUCCAUCCUGGUGCCUUUACAGCAGUGCUGCAGGAUCAGGAAGUCCACCUACCUGCGGCUGCAGCUGCUAGCCAGGGAAGAGUACAAGCUGAGCCUGCUGAUGGCUGAGUCCCUGCAGCGGGACCGGGUGGCACCUGUGCUAUACCAGCUGCACCUGGAGGCUCUGGACCGGCGGCUCCGCAUCGUGUUGCAGGCCGUGCACGCCUGCAUCGAGAAGGACGGGCUGGGCAGUGUGGUGGAGGACGACCUGGACACUGAGCACAGAGCCGCCGCUGAGAGGUAGUGACCCGCUGCCCGUGAGCAGGGAGAUGGGUCACGCGAGCUACUGGUGAAUUCAGUGAAUUCAGAAAUAGGAGGGUCGCGCCCAAGUGGCUACUGACAGCCCUUCCAUGUGGCCCCACCAGGAUGCAUUUCUCGAGUCUGCGAGACGGGAGAGGCCAGGAGGAAGCACUGCGUGUGCUCCCAGACAGGGCAGCCCGUCCUUCCACAGGGCAAGGAAGGCUCUGCCGACUUCUGGUUGGGAUUUAUGUGAGGCACACAUAAUGUGCGUCCGGACAGCCAUCUGCACGGAGCAGGGCCGCCUCCCCAUCCUGUGGCUCCUACCCGGCGGGGUCACUGUGACAUUGGAUGCAUUUUCAUGCUCUGGACCUCAUUCAAAAUGAAAACUCCUUUGCUCCCUGCUCCCGGGCCUCAGCGCUUUGAGGUGGGAGAGGCUUGUCUGGGACAGAGGUUCCAGACGGAUGGCACAGCCUGUGCUUGGACAGACAGGCGCCCAGCUGGGCUCUACAAGGCAGUGACAGUUACCCCAGCAGAGGCUGGGCCUUCCCAUUGUGGCAGCGCCACUCACCAUUGGCUUUGCUUUGGGCGGUGGCAUAAACCCCUCACACGGGGCCGGCGGGCACCGAGCAGUAGGCUAACCUUCACAGCAUUUUGUGGAAUAGUUUGCAAUGUGGUAAAAGUGCAAUAAAGAUAUGGCAAGCGUGUGUU